AUGGCCCCCUCCGUGACUCCUCUGGUGUCUUCGCCGGAUUAUUUGGACACUUACAAGUGAGCGCAGCUAAAGGCGUUGCUGUCUCACAUCAGCCUGGGCCUCACCCCGCGGCUCCGUAAAACCAAAGAAGUGGGCGUUCAGGUGAACCCAUGGGUGGACGUCAUAGUGCAAUGUUCACUCGUAUCCUGGCCGCUCCAGGCUGCCCGACCUCAAAGCCCCUCGGGUCGGUUCAGCCGGGAGCCACUGUUCCCAGGCUUUUACUCGCCUGUGCCCGGUUGCCAACUCUUCACCUUGCCCGAAGCGGCGGAGAAACCGAAGGCGCACCCUGAAGGGCCACCUUCCUUUCAGUUCAACCAGGAGUCUGAGGAAAAGGGAACGUCCCUAGAGAAGGGGGAGGGCAAUGCCAAAGAGAAGGCGGGAGUGGAGGACGAGCAGGAGUCUCCUCGACGAAGAGGCAGAAGAACCACCUUCCAGUUCUUAGAACAGAAAUAUGGCUAUUUCCAUUGCAAUGACUGUAAGACCAGAUGGGAAAGUGCCUAUGUAUGGUGCAUUUCUGGAACCAAUAAAGUAUACUUUAAGCAGCUUUGUCGCAAGUGCCAAAAUAACUUUAAUCCCUAUAAAGUAGAAGCAAUUCAAUGCCAAAUCUGUUCAAAGACUCGUUGCUCCUGUCCCCAGAAAAAAAGGCACAUUGACCUCAUGAGACCCCAUCGGCAAGAGCUAUGUGGCUGCUGUAAAGGCAAAAGAUUAUCUUGCGGCAACACCUACAGCUUCAAAUACAUUGUUUCAUCUGUGCAGUUUGUGUGCUGA